AAGUCAACAAAAUGUUGUCAGGCCUACAAAAAUGAGCAGUCUGGUCUUGUGUUGUGGGCCGAACGCUCACUUCAAAAUUUUUAAGUUUCAAGACUAGAACAAAAAUCUAUUGACCAGGAUGUGUGGCGGCUGGGCUUGUGCCUCGUACUGUCUGGCAUGUAAUAAUCCGCCCUUGUCCACUUUGCGGUUUACGGGUCGUGAUUUUAUACCCACGCCGUGUGGCCCGCACGACAAAUGCUAUGCCAAGGACACGAGCUGCAGUCGAGGCAAUUGCAUGCGUCACCAGAAGAUCACAAUUGAAGUGACGCCAUGCAUGGACCUGGCCACAUUAACUAAGUCGAAGUCCGACCACUUCCAGCACGCCAAGGAAAAUUGGCAAAUGGUGUACGACAAAGUGAAGUGUACGUCGGAACUAGCUGCCAAAAAGGAUUGAUCAAACACACGCCACACAUCCCAAGCAAUAAACAAUAGAUUUCAAUGUUUUAUUAUAGAAUAUAAGUAAAACAUUUUAAA